GAGACUACACGUCCACUUGAAAUCACCAAGUCACCAAAUCGACGCCGGAGCCGAUCCGUAGUCACACUUGUACGAUAGUAACCUCACGAUGUUGGUGUCGAUAGCCCUUGAUCAUCCGCACGAGCAUUACACCAAUCUUGAUGUUAUUCAGGGCAGAGUGUCUUUGCGGGUGCCUCAUCCAACCAAUGUCAGCAGCAUCGUAGUGAAGCUUGAGGGCGAGUCGAAGACAAGAUUACUUGCGCCGAUACAUCCUAGCAGACCAGACAAGCAGCGGCCGGUGCUGGAGGUACACAAAGUCCUGUACAAGACUCAAGUAGUAUGGCCUGCGAAUAUGACGCAAGAUGAUCUCCUCACAAACAACAAGACGGGGUUCACUAUGAAUGCUGGCAACUUUGAAUACCCUUUCGAGUUCAAAAUUCCUCUGAACACAUCCUGCCAUGCACAGCAAGCGGCCGCGCCGAUUUCGAACAUCUCCUUCGCAAACACAAUACCCGAAUUCGCAAAAGCACCCACACAACAUCUGAAGUCCACAUUGCCCCCGUCCCUGACCGGUUUUCCCGGCGAGGCAGAGAUUCGAUACUACGUGAAAGUUACUGUGAACAGGCCGUCCUUGUUCAAGGAGAACCCAAGGGCGACGGCCUACUUCACAUUUCUGCCGAUUGAACCUCCGCGAUCAGAACGGCAAGAUGGCGAGGCGUACGCAAGGAGACAACAUCAGUUUCUUGAAAAUGCGCCAAAUGUAGCGGCAGGUAAAAAGCCCGGCCUUUUUGACAGAAAGAGUUCAUCAAUGAGCGUGCCAUCAUCCCCCACGACUUCGGGUACUCCACCACGCAUAUCACUUGACGGCCGACUUCCAAAUCCGGCUAUUCUCACAGCUAACCAAGACCUUCCGCUGAGGCUGCUUAUGAAGAACAUGAGCGCACGCACGAAGAAUGUGUACCUCCAGAUGCUUCAGAUCGAACUGAUCGGCUACACUAAAGUACGUGCGCACGAGGUCGCUCGUACAGAAUCGAACAGUUGGAUACUCUGCUCCUUCAGCAAUAUGGCAAUCCCGUUAGGGUCGCCAAGCGAUCCCUUGGAGACAGAGGUGCCAGUCAACCCAGAAUACUGGUCAGGAAAACCCAUUCCAAACACAGUUCCACCGACGUUCCAGACGUGUAAUCUAUCACGCUUUUACGAGCUGGAAGUGCGCGUGGGAGUCGGCUACGGUUCCUACAACCAAGGCGAAGACCAACUCGUAGUCUUGCCCUUGAGGCUGCCGGUCAAAGUCUACUCUGGCAUUGCUCCUCCCAAGGCGUUGCUAGAGGCCGCGUUGACGGGUGAAUCAGGCAAGACUACAAACCUCGGUGUACCGCCGCAAGCGCAGAGACCGCACACGCCAACAAUGCCAGCUAACGCAGGCUACGGAGGGCCAAGCACAUCUCCUAACGCUACGGCAAGACCACAAAGCGACACUUUCGAGGCGCCACCACCGACUUAUGAGGAAGCGGUCGGACAGGACCUGCCCCCUAUCAACGGAUACAGAGGAACUUACCAACCUCCUCCAGUGCCAGAGGGGGCACCAAGGUUUUCGGACGAAAAGAGGCGCUGAAGAGUCACACGACUGUGGAUCAAGGAAGGAACUAUCUGGCCACGAAGACGGUCAGUAGGAUAUCCCCACUGUCCUUAGGACUGGGUGGCCGUUGGAUCCCAUGACGGAAGUGGACGUGGAGGAGCAUCUCGGGCCGCAGCAUAACGGUAGAACUACGUUUCUAGCCAAUCAAUAUUUUCUGAACAGCCUUUACUGAGGCCAAUCCGGGCCUUUGAAACGAAACAAACAUCCCCAUGUUUCACGCCUAAGGGUCUCGGGAGCCCAAUCGCAAUGCUGCGAUCGAAGUUUCUAGACCAUCAUUUACCGGCCGAGAG